AUGGGCGAUAACAGCUUGCCAGUUCGAACUUCGCAGUCAAGUGUGGACGUACCAGACAUGAACAACCAUACUGAUCACUCCUUACCUGCACAUGGAGACAAGCGACCAGCCUUUUCUCCAGAGUGGAAUUCAGUCGCUCCGUCGGGUUACACCAUCAGCGAGCACAUUGUGGGCGAGCCACCAAUAACGGAGAAGCCCUUCAGACUCCUGUUUCUCGGCGCGGGCGCCUCGGGCAUCGACUUUCUUCACCAUGCGAUCACGGAAGGCGCACUGGCGGGAUUGAACGUGGAAGUUGUAUGCUACGAGAAGAAUCACGAUGUAGGCGGCACGUGGCUCGAAAACAGAUACCCAGGCUGCGCCUGCGACGUCCCGAGUGUAUGCUACCAGUUCCCUUGGAAGCCCAAGCAUGACUGGACCAAGUACUACUCCGGCAGCAAAGAGAUCUGGGAGUAUAUGGCUGGGAUUGUGGAGGAGGAAGGCCUUCGCAAGUACAUCCAACUGCGCACCGAGGUCACCAGUGCAGUAUGGGACGAGCAGACAUCGAAGUGGGUGAUAAAAGCCCAACAAUACGACGACCAGGGUGCCGUGGCUCGAGAGUUCGAGGAGCACUUCGACUAUUUCGCCAAUGGAAGCGGAUUCUUGAACGCGUGGAAGUGGCCGGACAUCCAAGGCCUUCACGACUUCAAGGGGAGCUUGUAUCACACGGCGCAUUUCGACGAAACUGCAGACCUCAAAGGCAAGCGCGUCGCCGUGAUCGGAAGCGGAAGCUCCGGCGUCCAAACGGUCGCCUCCAUCUACAAGGACGUUGCCGAGCUCUAUCACUGGAUCCGAAGUCCGAUCUGGGUGACGGCAGGAUAUGGACAGGCUUACGCCGGCGAAAACGGUGAAAACUUCGAAUAUUCGGAAGAACAAAAGCAGGAAUUCAAACGGGACCCAGAAGGAUAUCGUAGCUACAGGAAAAAGGUCGAGUCCGAGCUGAAUAUUCGGUUCAAGAACAUCCUUCGCCACACGGCCGAGGCCGAAGAAACUCGCAAGUUCUCUCUCGCUGAGAUGUCCAGAAGGCUGGCAUACAACGAAGAGCUGAUCCAGCACAUCAUCCCCAAAGACUUCAAUGUGGGCUGCCGUCGUCCGACUCCCGGCAGUGGGUACCUUGAAGCCCUAGUGGCACCCAAGACCAAGGUAUAUUUCCAAGACGUCCACUGCAUCACGCCCAACGGAUUCAAGCCUCAGUCCAAUUCUCCCGAGCAGACCGUGGACGUGAUCAUCUGCGCCACUGGAUUUGACACAUCCUUCCGACCUCGCUUCCCCGUCAUCGGCUUGAACGGCGCCAGCAUCUCGGAGAUGUGGCAGAAUCACGCUCUCAGCUACAUCAGCACGGGCGUGCCCGACAUUCCCAACUACUUUACCUACUUCGGCCCCUACGGCCCUCUGGCCCAGGGUUCCCUCCUCCCGGUAGCCACGGCGCUGACAAUGAACCUCAUCGCGACGCUCAAGAAGAUCCGGGUGGAGCAUGUCCGUCGCAUGUCUCCCAAGCCUUCGGUGGUCGCCGACUUUGGUGAGCAUGCCAUGACAUUCCAUCACCGAACUGCCUGGACGGAACCCUGCCGAAGUUGGUUCAAGCAAGGCCGCGUCGAGGCGAACCCGGUCGUCUGGCCUGGAAGCCGACUCCACUACUUGGAGGUAAUCUCGACACCUCGGUUCGAAGAUUUCGACAUCGAGUACAUCUCGGGCAACCGGUGGGGUUGGCUCGGAAAUGGGUUUGUGCUUAUCGAGUUCGGAGGGGACAUUACCUAUUAUCUGAACGAAGACCCUUCCAAAAAGUAG